UAUAUGUAUCUGCCGUGGGUUACAGACGCGUCCGGUCACGUAGCGUACCAGCGCAACUUUGACCAUGAAGAGGAGAUGGCCAUGAUGUGGAGGAUUCAGGUGACGUCUUCAGAUGCAGGUACAUGUGGAGUAGAGCAUAUCCGAAAACAGCUACCACCUCGUCGGCGAGGAGUGGACUAGAUCGAUGCUUUAACCAACGUGCUCACCCUUUGCUAUGCCAUGUUUUCCCUGAUACAUAAGCUCGGAGGGCUGCUUGUGAUAACGGAAGUCAUAUUCACAGGAUG